AUGGUCGGCUUCUCUGGCCAAGAGCUCUCCCGGAAGGUCAACCACGUCUUUGGUGUGCUGGUCGAAUCAACCUUUGGGUCUAUUGUUGAAAUCAUCCUCUUUAUGAUGUUGUUACAGAACCACCAGUUUACCGUUAUCAAAGCCGCCAUUCUUGGCUCGAUAUUGGCAACGAUGCUUCUGUGUCUGGGUCUGUGUUUUAUCGCCGGCGGCAUGCGACGAGACGAGGCCGAGUUUAGUGAGACCGUUAGUGAAGCAGGCACCGGUCUUUUGCUUACAGCGUGA